UACCUGAGCACGGGUUCACAGAGGAGGAGACGGCGCAGACUCGAGUCAUGGUUCUGGUUCAAAUAUGCAAUCGAGAACUUUCUCAGUAUUCCUCUUAAACUUGUAAUCAAGGUUAGAUUUUUCUGUUUCUGAACUCCUUUACUUCAAGUUUUCAGAUUCAUCUUCUGGAAAGUUUCUCCUUUUAAUUCAUACCAUGUACUGUAAUUUCACAAAGUGCCAGGCAUUUCCCUUGGCUAUUAGGGUUUCAUCACAGCCCAUAUGCUUCCGAAAGUUCCACACAUUGAAAACCCAGUUCUUGCCAAUUGGAUUUCAUCCAAAACCCUCACAAAACCCCAUUUUGGUGAAAUGCGCAACCCUCUCAUGUGGGUUUGGUUGCAAACCCCAUGAGAACUCCCAUUCGUUGAAAUCCACUGGGAAUUUGAUUGAGUUGCAUCAGAAAGCCCUUGAAAAGGGCACAACAAGAAGACCCAGAAGCGUCUCCUGUGGAUUUCGUCUCAAAAAUGUUGUGCAAAGUUACAAUUUUUUAAGAGGUAGAAGUUUUUCGAGUUCAUAUUCUGCGAGAGUUGUUGGAGGCAGUGGUGCAAUGAGAACUGGGAAAGCACUUCCCUGGUUAACAGCAAAGGGAGCUAAGGAAAGGAAAAGCUCAGACAAAGUGGUGAAUUUGAAAAAUAAUCAGUCUUAUCGGGAGAAAUCAGCUAAAAGGUCAGAGAAAGUGACAACUGCAGAAACUAGUCGCUCUUCCUGGGAGGAAUCAGCAGAAAGAUUUGGGAAAAAUCACAGUUCAAGGGAGCUUCUUCCAAAAAAUGGUACACUUAGAGCGGGGACUGAGGGAAGUAAGAAUAUAAUGGUAGACAUGGUAGAGAGUCAGAAAAAUGGUUAUAUGGAGAGAGAAGAAAGUGCUGAAGAAGAAAUGGAGGUUAUUGAUGAUCCAAGAUGGGAUAAGAUUAAGGAUAGGUAUACGGAAACUGGGGAUGUCAAAGGCAGAUAUGAGAGACCAGAAUUACGAAGGUGGAAUAAGCAGGAAAAUUGGGGUAGAAAGACAUGGAAAGAAGCUACUGAAUCUACAAUACCUAAGAUUGUUGGUGAAGGAAUUUAUGGGGUUGGUCCUGUUCUUGCUGCAUUGUCUGCUGGAAGAAGAGAAUUUUAUGCAUUGUAUGUUCAAGAAGGAUUGGAUUUGAGUGGUAAUAAUAGGAAGAAGAAGGACAAGAAAGGGUUUGAGAAGGUUUUGAAGCUAGCAGAAAAAAUUGGUUUAAGCAUUAAAGACUUAUCAAAGCAUGAUCUCAAUAUGGUUGUUGAUAACCGACCCCAUCAGGGACUGGUGCUAGAUGCUUCUCCAUUGGAGAUGGUAAAAAUAAAGGAAUUGGACCCUGUUUUAACUGAGGGAGAGAAGGGUCCCUUAUGGGUAGCACUGGAUGAGGUUACAGAUCCUCAGAAUUUGGGGGCAAUUAUUCGGUCUGCUUACUUUUUUGGAGUUUCAGGGGUGGUAUUAUGUGCAAAGAACUCAGCUCCAUUGAGUGGCGUUGUGAGCAAAGCAAGUGCAGGCUCCCUCGAGUUGAUGGAGCUCAGGUUUUGCAAGAAUAUGAUGCAGUUCUUAACAUCAUCUGCUGAAAAUGGUUGGCAGGUUCUUGGAGGCUCAGUAUCUCCAAGAGCAAUUCCUUUGAAUGAGAUUUCACCUGGUGCACCCACAAUUCUUGUUUUGGGCAGUGAGGGCACUGGGUUGAGACCUUUGGUGGAGAGGUCAUGUACUCAGUUAAUUAGGAUCCCUGGAAACAUUCCAGUGCAUGUAACUGCAGGAGAAGUUGAAGAUGUGGAUACCUCAGAGAUGGAUCGUAGGUGCUUGACUGAAGACUUCCAGUCCUUUUUGGCAGUUGAGAGUUUGAAUGUCAGUGUUGCUGCUGGAGUGCUUCUUCACCAUUUGGUUGGGAAUAGCUAUGAUAACAAUUGCCUCUUAGGUGAUAAGCAAGUCGAUGCACUUCAAUGAGAUUCUGAGCCCUUGCAUCAAACUAUAUAUAUAUAUAUAUAUGGCAUUUGUAGGGCCCUCCUGUAAGUUUCUGGAAGUAGAUCACAAGGUUUAUUUUCUUUUCAUUACUUGAUUGAUUGGAAAGAAGGAUGAUAACACAGGCCACUUAAAUGAUGGGCAAUGUGACUGAUUUGGAUGAGAUUCUAUGAUCAGCAUCAACCUAUUUCUUCUCAGUACUUAGAUAUGUAUCUCAAAUUACUGAUUAUCUUUCUUUCUUUCAAUCUUUAUUUUUCCGAAUAUAAUCAUUCCAUCUGAUUGGCAUUUGGAGGGCU